AUGUUUUGUUUUUUUCUUCUUGGAUUGCAAGAUUUCAGUAAUAAAAUUCAAGGAUACGAAAAUUUGGUUCUUUAUUGUCCUAUAUGUCAUAAUAUAUCUGCUAUACCUUUACAUGAAAAAAAAUUUUUUACUAUUUGUUUUGUUCCUUUGAUACCUUAUGGUUGGGGAAAGGUUAUACGAUGUACUAUAUGUUCAUGGUUUCAACAUAUAAACGAUGCUGAAUUAUAUAGAAUUUCUCAACUAUCAAAUCUUCGUCCUGCUUAA